AGAGGCCAGGUUGGGGGCUCUGCGAUAUCCGGCUCCGCCUUUUCUCCCCGCGCCGUUGGUACGUUCCGGGAUCGCCCGGCAGCCGGCGCAGGAAUCGGUGCAGCCCAGGCCCCCCUGCGUCCGCCUCAGUGGUAGAGGCCGCGAUCGCUCCUGUUCCUUAGCGCUACCGCUGCCUCAGUUGGAGCUCGUCGCCGUCUCCGGGCACCCCGUGCUCCCUCUGGCAUUGUAUGAGUGAUCUAUAACCCUGAGCCCGCCAUGUCCACUCCGGCCCGUAGGCGCCUCAUGCGGGACUUCAAGAGGUUGCAGGAGGAUCCCCCGGCCGGGGUGAGCGGGGCCCCUUCCGAGAACAACAUCAUGGUGUGGAACGCCGUCAUCUUCGGGCCUGAGGGGACCCCUUUCGAGGACGGAACUUUCAAACUUACAAUAGAAUUCACAGAAGAAUAUCCGAAUAAGCCACCCACUGUUAGAUUUGUCUCUAAAAUGUUUCAUCCAAAUGUCUAUGCAGAUGGUAGUAUAUGUCUGGAUAUUCUUCAGAAUCGUUGGAGUCCUACUUAUGAUGUCUCUUCCAUCUUAACAUCCAUACAGUCUCUAUUGGAUGAGCCAAACCCCAACAGCCCAGCAAACAGCCAGGCAGCUCAGCUAUACCAAGAGAAUAAGCGGGAAUAUGAAAAACGGGUCUCUGCAAUAGUAGAACAGAGCUGGCGUGACUGUUGACCCAGGAUGAUGCAAAUGAACACUCUGUUGAUGAGGAAAAUAAACAAAGUGUCUGAGUCA